CCCCUUGCUCUUAAUAAAUUUCCUUGGGAAAUUUGUUCAUAAUCUUUAUUAUGGCUGCUUCGAUCAUUCUCAGAUCUCUGAUUAGACGUGGUCUUUGUAGUUCUUCUUCCUCUGUUUUAUGCUCUAAAUGUAAUGCACAGAUUGGAUCCAAGGGUGAGACUACUUUGACCAAUCCAAAAAAGUUGGUUUUCAAUUUCAAAACUUCAGAUGAUAAGAGAUGCGUAAUAAGUAAGAUAAUCGAGUCACCUAAUGGCGAUAUGUUAUUUGUGACCACGAAGACUCUUAAAGAAAUGAUUAACGACAUUAUCUUGCAAAAUAAAGGUGUUGUGGAGAAAGAUCCUGGGGUGAAAGUGACCAAUGUUGCAUUUCUAAUCCCUCCGUACCUCAACGACUAUCAGAAACAGAUUAUAAUGGAAGCGACAAAUGAUGUUGGUUUGUUCUUUGAAAGGUUUAUUACAGACAUAGCGGACAACCCUUAUGUUAACGGGACAUAUGUUCGCAAGGGAGAGUUCGGUAUACUAAUUGUUAUUUCGGCUGUGUUUGAUGUUCCUCCUAUCAAGGAGUUCAUAUUAAGUGGUGAUAAGUCUGUGUCAGAAACAAUUUUGAGCGGGUUACAAAAAACUCGUUUAUAUGACUUGAAGCAAGAUCCAGCGAUGGUCCAAAAGAUUAAGGAAGCAGUUGAUAGGGCAAUGGCACGAAUGUCAUCAUCAAAUUUGAAAGAAACUGGUAUUAAGCUUAAUCUUCCAGUUGUUGCUGGUGGACCUGAUGAGAGUACAAUAAUUACAUGGUCAAUCGAUUGAUUGUCACUCCUCAUGAGAAAAGUUUCUUCUCUCUUUUUAUUAACUUCUGAAACAAUGGAUCGGAGCUUACUUUUGGCUGUUAUAACUUGUUAUGGCUCUUUUGUUUAUGGGUAUGUGCAUAGGCUAGCAUUUUAAAAUGAAAACAAAGAAGACAUGCUUUGUGACUGUACAAAUUUGCACUCUUGUCAGUUGUAGCCUCUGAUGCUGCCCUUUGUAUCUAAUGAUAUCAAUCAAAAAACAACUCUAUGUGAGAA